CAAUUAAGUAUUCAACUGCGUAUUCAAUUCAUUAAAUUUUGUUGCAAACACUAUUUUUUACGGGUAGUAAGAUUUAAGAAGUACGUAUACUUUGAGCUGCUAGAUCACAAAUUUUGCUAUUAAUUUAGAGAGGAGUAAUUAAGUAUAACACUAGAAGUAACAUAAUAAUUGAAGAUUUUUGAAUAAAUAUUAGAAACAGCCAAAAUGUCCGAUCAACCACCAGCAGUCAUUUGUGUCGUUUGUAAUGAGCCAAUUACUAGUCGGAUUUUAAAAGCGAUGGGAAAAACCUAUCAUCCAGAACAUUUUAAGUGCGCUGGAUGUGAACAAACAAUUACCAAUGAAAGGUUUCAUGUCGACAACAAUGAAAAAAUUUACUGCGAACCAUGCUACACGAAAAUGUUUUUAUCGAAAUGUAAAAAAUGUGGAGAACCAAUAAAGGAGAGACUAAUCAAGGCGUUAGGAGCAGACUGGCAUGAAGAUCAUUUUGUAUGCGCUCAAUGUGGUAAAGUAUUACACGGGGUACCAUUUUAUGAAAAAGAUGGUCUACCAUAUUGUGAGGAAGACUUUACACAAAAAUUUGCACCAAAAUGUAAAAAAUGUGGAAAACCGAUCGUUGAUCAAGUAAUAAAGGCAUUGGAUGCUCAAUGGCAUGCUGGCUGUUUUGUUUGUUGCAAAUGCAAUUCACCAAUCACCGACAGUGUAUUUCAAAUUGAUGAUAAAGGUAUGCCCAUUUGUUCAAAAUGUGCUGAAGCUAGCUAAAUAUUUUUUGAAGACAUCUAUUUACAUAAAUAUCAAAAUUAUUGUAUCUAUGGUUAUAUUUGCUUAUAUUUUAACUCAAAAGUGGUAAAAAAAUGCUUGGAUAAUACCUAAUAAUUGUAGAUGGUGCUUUUUAAUUCUACAUUGAUAAUAAAUUUGGCUUCAAUAAUCAAA